CUCCUCCUCCUCCCCCCUCAUCUCCUCCUGCUCUGUGUUUUCUCUCCAUCUCAUCUCUCCAUUGGUCCAUGGUCAUAUUUACUGGCUGAAACAGCACAGAAAAUUGAAGUGGCUUGCGAUCUGGAACAGGUUGACAGUAGAUCCAUAAAUAGGAUGUCCAUAGUCAAUAUUGUUGCCAGGGAGAUCCUGGACUCCAGGGGUAACCCAACUGUGGAAGUGGAUCUGCAUACUGACAAAGGUCUUUUCAGGGCUGCUGUGCCAAGCGGUGCAUCCACAGGAAUAUACGAGGCUCUGGAGCUUCGGGAUGGAGACAAGACUCGCUACAAGGGCAAAGGUGUCACCAAAGCUGUUAGUCACAUUAAUGACACCCUUGGACCCGCCCUUAUGCAGUCUGGGAUCAAUGUGCUGGAGCAGGAGAAACUGGACAACAUGAUGAUUGAAAUGGACGGCACUGACAACAAAUCUAAGUUUGGGGCCAAUUCUAUUCUUGGAGUAUCACUGGCCAUAUGUAAAGCUGGUGCAGCAGAGAAAGGUGUCCCCCUGUACCGUCACAUUGCUGAUCUGGCAGGAAACAGUGACUUGGUUCUUCCAGUUCCUGCCUUUAAUGUGAUCAACGGUGGCUCCCAUGCUGGUAACAGACUGGCUAUGCAGGAGUUCAUGGUACUUCCUGUGGGGGCGGAGUCUUUCCGCGAUGCUCUACGUAUGGGCGCAGAGCUCUACCAGACACUGAGAGGUGUGAUCAAGGAGAAAUAUGGUCAGGAUGCUACAAAUGUGGGAGAUGAGGGGGGAUUUGCCCCUAACAUACAAGAGAACAGUGAAGCCCUGGAGCUGAUAAAGACGGCCAUAGAGAAAGCUGGCUUCACAGACAAAGUGGUGAUAGGGAUGGAUGUUGCUGCUUCAGAGUUUUUCAUUGAGGGCAAGUAUGACCUGGACUUUAAGUCUCCACCUAAUGCUGCCCGCAACAUCAGCGCUGAUGAGCUGGCCAGCAUCUACCAGGGCUUCAUUAACAACUACCCAGUGGUGUCUAUUGAAGAUCCUUUUGACCAGGAUGACUGGCCUGCUUGGUCAAAAUUCACAGCCUCAGUGGGCAUCCAGGUGGUUGGAGAUGAUCUGACGGUCACUAACCCACGCAGGAUACAACAAGCCGUGGAGGAAAAGGCCUGCAACUGCCUGCUGCUUAAAGUCAACCAGAUUGGCUCUGUUACAGAGGCCAUCAAGGCGUGUAAGCUGGCCCAGGAGAACAACUGGGGUGUGAUGGUGAGCCACCGCUCAGGAGAAACAGAGGACACCUUUAUAGCAGACCUGGUGGUUGGUCUCUGCACUGGACAGAUCAAGACUGGAGCUCCCUGUCGAUCAGAACGUCUGGCCAAGUACAACCAGCUCAUGAGGAUUGAGGAGGAGUUGGGUGACCAGGCCCGCUUUGCCGGGCACAGCUUCCGCAACCCCAGUGCCCUCUGAGUGCCAGUGCCAUUAGCAGUGGCACAUAUGAAAGCACGUACAAAUCAUGUUGUGUCAUUUCCCCCAUGCAAACACCGUGAUUAAAUGAUAACAGAAAAAGUCUAAAAUGCACUUAAAAACAUCAACACUAAAUAGUUUUCAAAUAGCUAAAAUGCACAGAUAAUACGCAGUAGCCACAGUAUAGUGAUCAGCCACUUCAGCAGGUGAUUGACUUAAUUGACCACAGCCAGUCACAGCAAAGCCUGAAGGAAAAAGAUUUGUGUUUCACCUCUCAGCACACAAGCACCUCCCUUCAUGCACUUGUUAGUUACUUUCUCCUCGCUGAUCCUUCCGACUGUCUCCUUCUGACUAACUGCAGAUGUAUUUUGAUCUUUUGUGCCCUGUCGCCUCCUCCUCUAACUGUUGCUCAUGUUGGCUUUGACGUGAACACUCAGCAGCUAAACGCACAGUUGUAUUUGUUACUUUGUCUUGUGUGAGGUUGAGCAUAAUAAAGAAAUGGAUAUGUGUUAA